AUGUUCACUUCAACUUUGAGCUCCCCAUUUAAAUUGCUUUUUCUUCUCAAUCAACUGUUGCAAAAGCUGAGAUACCCGGUCCCAUCCGUCAUCACUUCAGCCCACUCUAUAAAAAAUAGAUGCUACGACUUUUUCUUGGUUAUCGAUCAAAUCGGCUUAAAUGUCUCUAAAAGCGACCUCUUGGAAGUAUCAAAAGCCCCGCCAGAUUUGCUGACGUCUAUUCAACGCUAUCUUAUUGAUGCGUACAAAGAAGAGCUCGUCAAAGAUAGCAUUGAUGAGGAAAUUGAUGAUACCCUUCGUGAUAUCCAAAUAUUGCCCCUCCCUUCUCUCUCCAACGGUGUUUUCAUUUCCUCCUCUUUGAUUUCCGAUGUCACAAUUGUAGGACAAGAUGGCCUUCAUCAGGUCAUUUUGGGAAUUGCAAAUAUCUCGACUCGAAGGAUAUUGAUAGCUUUUGACCAGCAUGCUGUGGAUGAAAGAAUUCGUCUUGAAAAGAUACUAACUAGUAAUGAGCAGGCUGCAUUUGAAACGCCGCUGGAUUAUAGUUGUCAGUAUCAUGCCACCCACGCUUCGUUAAGCUGCAUGCUGACAUCUUUGGAGGGCUAUGGGUUCAGGUCUGUUUUGAAGAAUUCAUAUCCAAACGUCGAGGUAUCACUUGCCUCCAUCCCCUCCUUUCUUGUUGCUCAGUCACAUGAAUCGAUCCUUAAGCUUAUCCGCGCAAUAAUAGCUGAUAUCUCAAGCGAGCAAUAUGCAUUUCAACACAUUCCAACUUCAUUGUACAAUGCUAUGAAGAGCACUGCUUGCCAUGGUGCUGUUAAAUUCGGAGAUAGACUAUCAUUACGACAAAUGGGUAUGAUGCUUGAAAAAUUGGCCAAUUGCUCGUUUCCCUUUGUAUGUGCUCACGGAAGAAGGCUACUUGCUCCGCUUCAAUGGAUCGAAUAA